CACAGCGACGCAGUUCCGCAAAUCGAGUCUGUUUGUGUUUUGACAUUUUUUGGUGGAGAGCACCACAAACCCAACUCAGAACCACGGGGACUGUCAGCGUUCAACGCCUCGGAUAAAAACAAUCAGGUGACAAGAUGGCGUCAGACUCUCCGCGCAGACCAAGUCGCUGUGCUGGAGGGGUUUUGGUGCGAGCACAAGCAGCUACGGAACAGUCUUACAUGGAAAGUGUGGUGACCUUUCUGCAGGAUGUCGUCCCUCAGGCAUAUACUGGGUCUCCACUCACUGAUGAAAAAGAGAAAAUUAUUUGGGUUCGGUUUGAGAAAGCUGACGUCAACGACACUGCCCGCAACCCAGAGUUUAUGGAAAUGCACAGUGGUACCACUGACCCUCCCCUCUGCCUCAUGAUUGGCUACACUGACGGGAUGCAGAUCUGGGGCGUGUCUUUGGCAGGGGAAGCCCAGGAGCUGUUCUCGGUGCGCCAUGGUCCUGUGCGAGCUGCUCGCAUUCUGCCAGCACCUCAUAUCAGUCCUCUGAAGAUGGACAUUUUUGCUGACAAGAGGCCCCUGCUGGGGGUUUGCAAGAGUACAGGGUCUUCUGGGACAAGCCCUCCCUACUGCUGUGUCGACCUGUAUUCUCUUCGGACAGGAGAAAUGGUCAAAUCAAUUCAGUUCAAGACACCAAUCUAUGAUCUUCACUGCAACAAACAUAUUCUUGUUGUGAGCCUGCAAGAGAAGAUUGCUGCAUUCGACAGCUGCACCUUCACCAAGAAGUUCUUUGUCACAAGCUGCUAUCCUUGCCCUGGCCCCAGCCUCAAUCCAAUAUCUCUUGGAAGCCGCUGGCUUGCCUAUGCUGAGAACAAGUUAAUAAGAUGCCACCAGUCUCGUGGAGGAGCUUGUGGCGAUAAUGCACAGUCCUAUACAGCCACAGUGAUCAAUGCUGCCAAAACUUUAAAGACAGGCCUGACAAUGGUGGGUAAAGUUGUCACCCAGUUGGCAGGCACCAUACCGGCCGGCACUCCAGACGAAGAAGGCACACCUCACAGCACGAACCGCCGGAGUCCCCACAACCCCGGUGUGGUCACCAUCAUUGACACACAGAGUGUUGGCGAAGGCCAGGUCUUGGUGAGUGAGGAUUCAGACGGAGAGGGAGUGGUGGCUCACUUCCCAGCUCAUGACAAACCCAUAUCCUGCAUGCAAUUCAACCCCAGUGGAAUGCUGCUGGUGACUGCCGACACUCUGGGCCAUGACUUUCACGUCUUCCAGAUCCUCACCCACCCAUGGGCGUCCUCGCAGAGUGCUGUGCACCAUCUCUAUACUUUGCAUCGUGGGGAAACUGAGGCCAAGGUCCAGGACAUGUGUUUCAGUCCGGAUAGUCGCUGGGUAGCAAUCAGCACCCUCCGUGGCACCACCCACGUUUUUCCCAUCAACCCCUAUGGUGGCGCACCCUGUGCACGCACACACGUGUCCCCACGGGUUGUGAACCGGAUGUCUCGCUUUCAAAAGAGUGCUGGCCUGGAGGAGAUUGAACAGGAGCUGAACAGGGCGGCUGCGUUGGGAGGAGGAGGCAUGGGAGGAGGUGGUUGCAUUCUGGGUGGAGGAGGAGGCCGCUGUAGUCCCAUACCAGGCCUUUCCAGCAGCCCAUCUGGAUCUCCACUGCACGCCAAGCUGAGCAACCAGGAGUCAUACAACAACUUCACCAAUAACAACAUGGGGAACCCACGACUGUCCCCGCUGCCCAGCCUUACUGUGGUGCUGCCUCUGGCUCAGAUCAAACAGCCCAUGACCCUGGGCACCAUCACUAAACGUACUGGACCCUACCUCUUUGGGGCAGGAUGUUUUGCCAUUAAAACUCCAUGCAAAGCCAAGCCACCUCCUCAGAUCUCCCCGAGCAAGUCCAGUGGAGGAGAGUUCUGCGUGGCUGCCAUCUUUGCCUCGUCUCGCUCCUGGCUCAUCACCAACCCCAACAUGAAAAGAGAGAAAGAUCAGUCUAGGCAGUCGGUCGUCGACUCACUGUAUAUCCUCAGUUGCUACGGUAACUUGGUGGAGCAUGUCCUGGAGCCUCGGCCAAUCAGCACUGCUCAAAAGAUCAGUGAUGACACACCUUUGGAGCUCAGCACCUGUCCCCGGGCCUGCUGGACUCUAGCCAGGACACCACAGUGGAAUGAGCUGCAGCCACCGUUCAACUCCAACCACCCAUUGGUGUUGGCCUCAGACCUUGUGCAGUACCAUCAAUAUCUUCUGGCCGCGAUGCCCCCGGGAAGCCCUGGGCCAAUAACGCGUCACGAGUCAUCAGACAGCCUGGCAUCGGACCACAGUGGCCAGGAGGAUGAGGAGUGGCUCUCUCAGGUCGAGAUUGUGACCCACACAGGGCCACACCGGCGUCUGUGGAUGGGACCCCAGUUUCAGUUUAAGACCAUUCACCCUUCAGGCCAGACGACAGUCAUCUCCUCCUCCUCCUCAGUGCUUCAGUCGCAGGGCCCCACUGAUGUCCCACAACCCCUUUUGGACUUUGACACAGACGACCUCGACCUACACAGCCUCAGGAUCCAGCCUGUACGUUCAGAGCCAGUCAGCAUGCCCGGCUCGUCAGGACUAGUGGCUGAUCGGCGAGGACAGCCCAACAUCAUGGACGCAGGAUCAGUCCAGGAGCCAUCAUCUCGACUUUCGUCAGCCCACAUCACUGUCAGAGAGCCGUUAAUGAGGGACACAUUUGCUGCUACAUUACGGAAAUGUCACUACACACACACAUACACACACACACACACACACUCACACUCACACCCUCAUUGUAGUUGCUGUAUUUUCAGUUCUUUGUGCUGAAAUUACAAUGGAUAAAACUUGAAGCAAUGUUCCCAUUUGGGCCAAAUGUCUAGAAUCCGACUGAAGCCUCUGCAUAAUCCUAGCAGUGAGGUCAAGACCCAGUGACACCAUUUAAUCAACAAAUAAGAAAAAAUAAACAUCAACUUUGUGUUUAAAAAAAAAUGUAUAUAUAUUUAUGUAUGCAUUUUUUGGGGUUUUUUUGCCAUGGACAUGAUACAUGAUUGUUGCCUAAUUGAUUGAUUUUAAUAUUUGGUCCUUAAAUUAUCCGAACAUGAAGAAAAAAUAAUAGUCAGACUUUUCUGGAUCCGCUGUUGACACUGCAAGACUAUUGCAUUUUUGGGCACAGUCAAAAUUGAUUGUCAUGUUCCUUAAACACCAUUUACUUAAUCUGCGCUUACAAGUUAAAUUAUCAAUAUAGGCUGGGUAUAGCAUGAAUAUUAAUCUGUGUGAAUUUUAACCUCACUCCUAUUUUCAGAAAAAAAGAAAACAAAAAACAGUUUACUUAAAUGUGGUUUAAAAGUAAGCCGCAACGCACAUUAGCAUAAAGCCUAUUGUUUGGUAACAUUUUUAGAAAAUGAAUCAGGAAGUAUAGAACAAGAUCAGAAAUCCCCUGAGAUAGUAAAUCGUCUAACCAGGGACCAACAUAUUCUGUAGUAUACUUUAUUUUUCUUCAAGCAAAUUCAGAAGUAAAACUAAGAAGUGAGUAAAUGUUCUUUUACCCACAGGAAAAUAACUAACAUUAACUAUGUAACUGUGUGUAACAAUCUGGUGUUCAUUCUGACCCGUCAGCUGACGUUAGAAAUAGUAUUUUGUAGCAUUUUGUGUUGUUGUAGUUUGGCACUGUAGUUACAGCAUCACUAAAUCCACGAUGAGGAAGGUAAAGUUAAAGUUGCCAUUAGGGGCUCACCUGGAAUCAGAUUAGAGGCACCUUUGAUCUUAAUCUUGACGUUGGAGGAAAUGAAUGAAAAGCUGAUCCAGUGUCGGUGGUUUUUGGGAACCCUUUGAUGUCAGAAUGGGAUGUAGGCUUGAACACAAGGAGUGACCUAAUGAAUGCAACUGUUCCUGUUUCCCCUGAUGUAACUCCCUUUCCUACAAUAGUGGCUACCUACUGCAGCCCCAGUUAAAAAUCCUUCAGGGUGUUUUGAAAACAAGAAGUACCUCAACUUGUAGUGAUCACUGUAACUUAUUCAAAUAUUAAGGCUGCCAUGUUGUGUUAAGGUCAGGAAUUAGUGUCUGAAUAUGGAAUACAGGCCUGAGAGGAAAAGAGAGGGCAUAAAAGUGGCUGUGCAGAGGGCUAAAAUAACAGUCUGACUAUUCUAGUCUCAGCUCCAUCUGCUUCUAAUUACUCACUAUCCUUGAGAUGGAGGGGAGCGAGGGGGAGUGUACAACAGGAACUCAUGUCAGCACUGGGUUCCAUGACGAACAGAGCCUGGGAAUACAGUCGUUUCAUUUCAGGUUUGCAACCCUGUUACCUGGGAGCUGUAUUUUCAUGCACGUCUCUUCAGUGAGUGCGUUUGCUUACAUGCACAUUGCUGCAAUGGUGCUAUCACAAAUCUAAUGCCACAGUGUUAGAGGGCGGACUUCAAACGGCCACCUGCACGCACCACAGACUUUCAAUUUGGCCAAAUGAGCAGACACAACAGGCUGGCCAAUGCUUCUGUGUGUGUGUGUGUGUGCGUGUGGCGUGCCUGAGUGCGUGUGUGCGCGCGUGUGGGCAGGGUGAAUGAAUGUCAGAACUGAUAUGUACAAUAUAUAACCACUAACAUGAGCAGGAUGCUAAUGACUGAGCCAGUGAUCCAGCACUGGUCCACCAGGCUAGCACGCUAACACAUGCAGCCGUGACUCACUAAUCACAAUUAAUUUACUUAUUAGCAUUAUGGACUUGCCACCACAAUCCACUCACUACACAGAGUGAGUGUGGAUUACGUUACGCUUCGCUGACACUUAACCAGUUGAGGCACAGUGCAGUGAGCCACUGCCUGAUUAGCAUCAUCACUCUGUCAAAAUAAGCAAAAGGGUGAGGCUCUCUAGUUAUAUCUGUAUAACUACUAAUAUUUGAGAAAGCUCAACUCUUUCUCUGUUAUUGUUGAUGAAGGUGUUCGUCUGUGCCACGUUGUUACUAGCGGCAGCUUUUGUGAUUUGUUCCUUCCACACUCACCCAAUCACAGGCCUCCACUUGCAUGCAAAGCACCCCCCCACUUCUCAUACAAAAUCUUAGUCACGUUUCCUUUUUCCAAUGAGUGGGAUGUGAAGUGGUGCCCGACUCCCAGAUAAUGACGACACUAACGCCAGAUCAAAGGUCCAAGCAAGCAGAGUGAGGGAUGACUACCUCCACCACCCCCUCGAUGGGUUAGGGUCAGUGUUGGGAGAGGGAAGCGACGAGAAAACUAACUCGUUAGUUUGUCUGUGAAUGUGUAUGUGUGUGUGCGCACAAGAGUUUUUCCAGCAUGAAUGGUGUUUCUGCAUUUUCACUCUUGGUCACAGUACUUCCAGCUCAUCUCCUUUUACAAGGCGAGGCCAUUACAUAAUUACCCACUGUCAAUUAGAUCACAUCCUGUGCAGCACUGCCGGCUGAAGCCAUGUUAAUUAAUCAUCGGUCCCCAGGGGAGCUGUUUCUCCCUCUCUCGCUGAUGUCAUGCCCGUCGCGGCCGCAGUUGGCGAGAAUGAAACGCCCGCCUAUCGACUCUGGAGACAGAUAGGCAGGGCAGGAUUUCCCCAUGUCAUUUGUGACAUGAGAGGAAUGUAAGAUGUGUGUGUAAGAUGUGUGUGUGUGUGUGUGUGUGUGUGUGUGUGUGUGUGUGUGUGUGUGUGUGUGUGUGUGUGUGUGUGUGUGUGUGGGUGUGUGUGUGUGUGUGUGUGUUGACAAGAGUGAAACAUUUUGGCAGCUUUUGUUCUGGUUUUUUUUGUUUGUUUUUCAUUACAUAUGGAUGAUUCUCAUGAUGACAUACAAAGACAUACUGUGAAUACAAACAGGUAAAUGUGGGCAUCAUGUGCUAUGAAAAGCAUUUGUACAUUCAUAAAUUGUUAAGAUGUUAUGCAGUUAUUCCUUUUUAUCUGGCCCAUGUAUUUACUGAUGCUGUUCUGUCACUUUGAUAAAGCUAGUCCCCUUGGUGAUGGUGUUAAAUGUACUCGCAAAACACUUCAUAUUUGUCCUGCAGAGUUUUAAACCAUUACAUUUAAAAUGAUCCAUACCUUCUCAAUGCCAUUAUUUAAAAUUCCACUGUAAGUAUGCAGUAUGGGAACUGUCAUUUUUCAUGUGUCUUAGUCUACCAUCCUUGCAGUGAUUCAGACGUGGUGCUGCAUGUAGUUUUGAUUAUUCUCAAAUAAGUGUGCGUGUGCACGUGCGCAUGUAUUGUCAUAAUCUUCCAGUGCCAUGAUCAAAGCAGGUAGACUUGUGGUCACACACUCACUCACACACGACACACAAACAUUCCACUGAACGGUUGUUACAUGCCAGAGUCAAAUUAGUC